AUGCGCCCACCAGCGACCCACGACGGCCUCCUCCCGCAGCCGAUCAUCCCGCCCCAGCCGAUCCCCCUCGACGCUAUCAUGUCCAACGCCCGCCAGCGCCACCUCAACAGAGAGCCCUUCCACCACAACAGGUCCUACAUUCCUUCCCUCAUCCCAAACAACGUCGACCCCGCAAAGGUCGACUCCAAGAUGUUCUACAACUACGUCCCCAACGCCGUCAAGACCCGCAAGCGCACGUCCCCGCCCCAGCUCCAGCGUCUCGAGAGCGUCUUCGUCGUCGACAAGAAACCGAGCUCGAUCACACGCAAGCAGCUCGCCCACGAUCUCAAGAUGUCCCCCCGCGAGGUCCAGGUCUGGUUUCAGAACAGACGCGCGAAAGAGAAAAAGUUGAGGCCACGGUCGUCCUCGCCACGCUCCCCACAGAUCCAACCAGAAUCCAUCCGCAUCCCGCCUCCCCCAGCCGACUCCCCGUCCACGCACACCUCCCCGUCUUCCCACCACCCACAGCACCAACAGACCUCCGAAUCUCCCCAAGCCGCCGCGUCCCCGUCCCUGACUCCAUCCCCAUCGACGUCCACUUCCCCAUUCACGUCUUCUCCGUCCGCCUCCGCACCUACCUACUCCGUCUCCGUUUCCUCCGCCUCGCCCUCCCAAACUCCCCACGCACGCUCUUUCCCACAUCACCCACCUCCGGCAGAUAUCUACGACCUCCGCCGCAACUCCCUCCCCGCCGUCGCUUUUUCCCAUUCCUCUUCUUCUCACUCUUCUUCUUCUUCGCACCCUUCUCAUCAUGCUUCGCAUCGCCAUCACCCCCAUCAAGCAAGCUCCGUCCCGCCCGUUCCUCCCCUUCCUCAUCCGAAUGCGUUCCCCACUGCAGCACGCUUCCCAGAUGAAGCCUACCAUCGUCGGUCGGUCGAUCAGCUCGCUGAACAUCCGUGUGCGCCGCUUGCGAGGCAUUUCGCUUUGUCUACUACCGCCUCUCAUCAUCCCACCUCUCAUCAUGCCAACGCCAACGCCAACGCCAACACCAGUAACAGCAACAAUGGGAACGGGAACUUACAACUCGAUACGCCCGUACAUCAGCAUAAUCAUACCGCUACAGUGCACGCGCUCUAUCCCCGGUUUUCCUCCACGACGGGGAUGCACCCGCCUAUGCCCAUGAUGCGCGCGUCGAUCUCGGAGGGGUAUGGUCAUUCGAAUUCGAAUCAUCCGUAUCGUCCACACCCUCCCCAGUUCGCUCAGCCAUCUUCGUCUCCUAAUCCCAACAAUGGGGACGUGGGCGUGAAUGUAAACGCGAACCCGAACCCGAACGCAUCCCUCGAAUCCCUCCCCUCCUCCUUCUCAGUCUCCCUCUCCGGCUCCCUCUCCGGUUCGGGCUCCGGCUCGGGUUCGCACUCAGGUUCUGUCUCGAGCUCCCGACAUGGGUCUUUCGAGCUUUCUUCGCAUUUACUUCCUCCUCCUUCCCAUCCACCUCACGCCCAUCCACCUCACCCGCCUCACGCCCAAACACAUCCUCGGAUGUCGCUUCCUUAUGAGCGGCAUCACCUCGGUCUCGGUCUUGGUCCCGCUCCAGGCGUAGGAGUAGGAAUAGACGAUCGUCGUCGUCCAAGCCUCGGGGGCGCCUCAACGAACCUAGCAGGAGGCGAACGUCAACGCUUCGCAAGCCUCGGAGGCGCAGAUCGCCACGCGCACCAUAACCACCCAGCCACCGAACGUCGCUAUGAGCCCUUCCCUCUCAGUCCCAUGAGAAGGAGGCCGUCCCGUCCGAAUCUGAUGCAUAGGAAAUCGGUGCCGGCGGAUAUGGAGGCUGCUACUGCUGCUGUCACCGCACACCAUCAUCACCAACAGCAGCAGCAGAUGAUGCGUUCGAAUGUUAACCAGCAGGGGUAUGGACAGGGAGGGCAGGGGUAUGGAGGGUAUAGGGUUGGGUCGUCGCCUUUGCAGCAGCAACAUGGGGGAGGAGGACAUGGGGGAGGAGAACAGCAGGUCAUUAUGGAGGAACCGUUCGCGUGGAGUAAUAUCGAUCCGUUCGGGACUGGGGCGAUUGCGUCGUCGUUGGCGUCGGAGUCUUUGCUCGAGUUGGGCGCGGUGCGGCCUAUGCAGGCGCAGUCGCAGAUGUAUUCGAUGCACCAGCACCAGCAACAGCAACAGCAACAACAGCAGCAGCAGCAGCAUGAUUCACCCCGACCGCUACCCACGGAUAACCUCAACUCGGCCCUAACGAGCUAUACCUUCCCGCCCCGCGACGACGCCAACAUCGCUCCCAACGAACCCACAGAGAACACAAACUUCAAACAAGAACUCCUCUACCCCCAAGACGACAUCUCCGCCUUCUAUCCACCUCAUGCUGCGGACGUCGGGAUGCAAGGAUCCGAGUUUGGACUCGGGUUCGGAGGACUUGGGCUUGGGCUUGGAGGGAUGGGGAUGGGGCUUGGCGGGAUGGGGUAUGGAGCACUGGGGGUGGAAUAUGGAGGGAUUGGGGGGAUGAGGUAUGAGGUUGGGGUUGGGGUUGGGGGGUAUGGUCCGGGGGUCGUUUCGGUGGGGCCGUUUGAGCAGGCGGGUGGGAAUGGGAAUGUGAGUGCGGACGUCGGGAAUGCGAAUGGGGGUGCGGGGGGGUUUGGGGCGGAGGCGGGGUAUGCUGGUGAUGAUGCGAUGGGAGGGGGAUCGUAUGGCGUUACGGAGGGUGGGUAUACUGGUGUGAACGGAAACGCAGGCGUCGCUGUCGCUACGAACGGGGCGUAUGGUAUGGAUGGGAUCGCGGUCGGCGUCGGCGGCGGUGCUGGUAUGCAUCGACCCCUCGGGCCAGGCAUGGGCAUCCAUACCACCUCGAGCAUGGGUAUGAACGCAGGAGGAGCAGGAGGAGUGGGGAUGGGAAGAGGCAGUAGGGGCUCGAUAGGCAGUCUGGGGUUCAGUAUUAGUAGUGAGUCGACGAGUGCGGCGAGUGGUGGGGAUGAGGCGUUUUCGAGGAGGGGGAGUUGCGUCUCGGCGAGCGAGAUGCUCACUUCGCUUCAUCUCGAUAACGCCAACCAGUCCAGUCCCCAAUCCAACGCUCAACCUAAUGCCCACUCUCACUCUCAGUCCCAGUCCCAGCCCCAGGGACAGUCACAAUCUCCACCCGACGCUCCCUUGUCGCGCUCAAGCUCGUUCGAGUUCGAGAACCAUCCGUAUGGACAGGCGUAUACGCGGUCUCUUCCGCAUUUGGAUGCGCACUCUUCCUCGCCUCGUCAGUCUCCGCAUAUGGACCAUCUCGGUCCUUCUUCGCAAAUGGACCAUCUCGGUCCUUCUUCGCAGAUGGAUCACCUCGGUCCUUCUUCGCAUAUAGACCACCUCGGACCUUCUUCGCAGAUGGACCACCUCGGUCCCUCCCAGGUCAAUGCGAACGGCAGCGGUAGUGUCAGUGAUGGGAACAGUGACGGGACGGUGGGCACGGCGACGUAUCCUUCUCCCGCUUCAUCAUCGUCUUCUCCAUCGUCGGCGCCGGCGGCGGACAAUCAGCAGCAUCAUCAGCAUCAAGCUCACCACGAACAGCACCAGCACCAGCAUCAGCAUCAGCAUCAGAAAGUCGAUGGUUCCCGUGCUGGAUCAACAUCAUCGAGCGAGCUCGCGUUCGCUUUGGAUUCUGGGCGGGGUCAAUCGGUGCAGCAGCAGCAGCAGCAAUUGGAUUACGCACCUCCUGCAUCUGCGCCUCCGACGUUCGGGGCUCAUGCUCAUGCACAAUCCCAGCCCCAGUCCCAGCCCCAACCUCAAUCUGCUGGUGUGACCGAUGGUUAUGCGGAGUGGACUGAGCGGGACGCUGGGGGAUAUGGGCAUGGACAGGGUCAGGCUGCUGGGUCUGGGUAUGAGCAGCAGAGGUAUGAGAUGCCGCAUUCGCAUCUGCCCCUGCCGCAGUUUGGCCAUGGGCAGCCGGUGCAGGAGCAGAUGUUGGAUUUGAGGUAUGGGCAGUCGGCGUGAGCUGCUCUCCUUUUUUUUUCUUCUUCUGUGUCGUGCGCUUUUCUUUCUCUUUUGAGUGCAUUGGGAGGUGACAUUGCUUUCGAGAGGUGCAUACUAUAUUCUAUCAAUCACUCGUUCCUUGCGCGCUUUUUCCCCCUUCUCAGUCUCGAUUUUGAUUUUCAGCAAGUUUUUCGUUCGUUCGUCUGAACAUGUACGGACAUCUGCGAUUUCCAUUUCGAUGUUAUUUCCAUUCCCAUUGCGUGUAUCUCUUCCUUCACCGUGUUCUGCCUAUCUAUACAUUACUCUUAUCUCUCGAUUAUUUGUGCUUGCCUGCUUGCUUGCUUGUUUACCUUUUUUUUCUCGCGUUCGAUUGUGGUUUUGUUUUUCUUUCCUGCCUCGAUCCUGUGCUGAGACGUCGUUAUUACUUUAGAAUUCGUGGAGCCAUACAUAAUUUGUUCGUUCUCUUUUCUUUCAUUUUCGCCCUUCGUCUUUCCAACGCCGCCUCAUCACAGAUAUCUAUCUCUCCGUCCCCGCGCGUUUGGUCGUCCGCUCGCGCGCUGUGCAUAUUGUACUACCCUGUACUUGUACUCCGUACGUGGUCACGACACGACGCCACGCUCAUGCCUACUCGACUCAUACCUGAACUCAACACAUACUUACAAACCAACACACUUACAAACACUCACAAACGCACUCACUUUCCAACGCAUAUACGCACACACAUACACACACGUACCCGUCCCCGUCGUCUCGAAUAGACGGUCUUCGGCAUCUACUCUAUAUAUCUACACGCUCCUUCCAUCUCCUGUCCUUCUUGACAUGCUCAAAACGCUAUUCUCACUCGCUCGUUCUUCCUCUCGUCUCGUCUCGUCUCUUUGCUCUCGUUUCUUCGCACCGUACCAUAUGUCAUCAUCGUCUAUUGCCAUCACAUUCGUCCCCAUUCAAGUCUCUCAUUCACGUUUCUUUCCUUCCUAUCCCCGUCCUCUCUGAAUCUACUCCCUACCUAUCCAUCGUUGCUCGCGUUUUCUUCCUUCCCACCUAUCUAUCUAUCUAUUUCGACUCUCACCCUCACCCUCACUUCUCCCCGCUCACUCUCACUCUCAUAUC